AUGGCUAAAGAUAAGAAGAAAGAUGGCAAAAAAACAGAGAAGUUGGCACCUGCCCCUCCUCUUCCACCUGAGCCUUCAUUAGAAGGUAUUUCUUCAGUUCAGCUGUCAUGUGUCCAAACAUCAUUGAAUCAAGCGGAGGAAGCACAAGCAAGCCCUUUAGAAUCCCAAGAAGAAUCAAAAGAGAUGGAAGAACCUCUGAUCCAAGAAGCAGCUCAGUAUUAUGAGGAGCCUAUUCUAACUCAACUUAUUGUAGAAAACUAUGAAGGAGAAAAAGUCCAUGGAUUAUAUGAUGGAGAAGGUGUAGCAUAUUUUCAGGGAGGAAACGUAUACAGAGGCAUGUUUUCCGAAGGGCUCAUGCAUGGACACGGGACUUAUACAUGGGCUGAUGGAGUGAAGUAUGAGGGGAACUUUGUUAAGAAUGUGCAGAUGUAUAAUGGCAGUUACACAUGGCCUGAUGGCAGCAUGUAUGAAGGAGAGGUGAAGAAUGGAGUCAGGCAUGGCUUUGGCAUGUACAAGUGUGGCACCCAUCCAGUUUCAUACAUUGGCCAAUGGUGUGAAGGCAAAAGACAUGGAAAGGGUACCAUUUAUUAUAAUCGGGAAGGUACUUCCUGGUAUGAAGGUGACUGGGUAAACAACAUCAAAGAUGGCUGGGGGAUAAGAUGUUAUAAAUCUGGAAAUAUCUAUGAAGGUCAAUGGGAAAAAAAUGUGCGCCAUGGGGAAGGACGGAUGAGAUGGCUGACGACUAACCAGGAGUAUACUGGACAGUGGAUAAAUGGCAUACAGCAUGGGUAUGGUACCCACUCCUGGUUUCUGAAGAGAAUACCUGGGUCUCAGUAUCCUUUGAGGAAUGAAUAUGUAGGGGAUUUUGUAAAUGGGGAUCGUCAUGGACAUGGAAGGUUCUUCUAUGCCAGUGGAGCAAUGUAUGAUGGAGAAUGGGUUUGCAAUAAAAAACAUGGCAUUGGGAGAUUUGUCUUCAAGAAUGGGCGUAUUUAUGAAGGGGAGUUUAUAAAUGAUCAAAUAGCAGAGUACCCAGCUUUUCAAGUGGAUGCAAUGAAUACGCAGGAUCUGAGUGGCAUUCGUACACAAAGUCCCUUUGGCACUGAAACCAUCAGAAUAGUUGAUGGCCCAGGAAAUACCUCUGUGUUCGGAUCAAACAUUGAACUAGACAUAUCUUCAUUGCUGAACUUGUUUCCAGAGAAAGACAGACAGGAAGAAAUGAAACAGGUAGAAUAUGCGGUAUUGAGACAUAUUACAGAACUGAGAAGAAUCUACAGUUUUUACAGCAGCUUAGGCUGUGAUCAGUCUCUUGACAACACCUUCCUGAUGACUAAGCUCCAGUUCUGGAGAUUUCUGAAGGAUUGCAGGUUUCAUCAUUACAAUGUAACCCUUGCUGAUAUGGACAGGAUACUGAAUGAAGAUAAAACAACACCUGAGGAGGUGCAUUCUCCAUAUGAAACUUUGCUGCUAAGAACAUUUUUGACUUGCCUUAUUCAUCUAGCAGUCCAUAUCUAUCACAAAGAACACAAAGAUAAAGGUCCAUAUCUGUUUAAGUGUUUCUCAAAAAUGAUGAUGAAGAACAUUAUUCCCAAUGCCUGUCAUAUACAAGGCAUUUUAUUCUGUGAACAACAACAAACUGUCUGUGCAAUUAAUUACAUUGAUAAAUGCUGGGAGAUAUACAGGGCUUACUGUAGACCAAGCACCAUACCUCCUUAUGAACCCACAAUGAAAAUGAGACACUUCCUCUGGAUGUUGAAAGAUUUAAAUAUGCUAAGCAAACAAUUAACUGCUACAAAAAUUGUGGAAAUACUGGUAAAGGACAAUCCUUUUGUACGCGAUGGAGAUGACAGCAAUUUACAGCAUGAGUUGGUUUUUCUUGAAUUCUUUGAAGCUCUCCUUGAUUGCGCCCUGUUAUAUGUUACCAAUGAUAUGAUUAAGCAGCAAGUAGAUCUUGUAAAUCAAGAAGGAAAUGGUUAUAGAACUGAAGAUUACACAGAAGGGGCACGACAUAUUCUGCAGCACCCAGAAUACUCCUCAUUUCAGUCCAUUCAUAGCAGAAGUAUGACCAGUGCUGAGGUAAGCCAUGAACCCUCUGAGACAAAUCACUACUACAUUACUACAAGGUCUUCAAGCAAGCUAGCACAGUCACCUGAUAAUAGAAUAAAGAAACCUGAGCUUAAAUCCAAGGACUCUGCAGUAGAAUACAGAACUUCCAGACAGACUUUUAAAUCCACUGAAAAAGAGAGAGAAGCCAUUGUAGAACAUGCUUCCACCAUAGGCUUCCGGGCACCAAAGGAAGGAGCUGGAACAGUUCCAAAUGUCACAUUCUCCUCAAACACAGUGUACCAGCUGUCUGCUGAUGACAAAGAUGAAAUGUUAGUUCAGUCUUUGACAGAUUUGGAUGCAGAACAAGGCCAAGUGCUCAGCAACCCCAUGAAAGAAUUUGCAGAUAAACUAGAAAAAGCAAAAAACGAACAGAAGGAAAAACUCAGUCUGUGGCUGAAUCAGAUGUACAUCUUUUUUGUGAACAAGUUCUUUCCUGCCUACAAGCAUGCUCAAGUGGUGAAGGAAAAUGUAGAAGAAAAUAGGAAACGGGAUGCUGAAUUAGCCUUGCAGUUGAAAAUCGAAGAGGAAGCAAAGCUUAUCGCCAUAAGGAAAGCCGAAGAGGCCAAAAAACAAGAAGAAGCUGCAGCAGAAAAAGCAGAGACAGAUAGUGGAGUGGUUAAAGAGCCAGAGGAUUCAGCUACACAGCUGCCACUUCCUGCAAAGGAAGAAGUAGUGAUUCUGCCCCAGCCAGUCAUUAGCAAGGUUUCUGCAGGGGUGAAGAAAAAGAAAAAGUAA